UCCAAAUUUUCUCACUGGCAACACUGUCAAUUUGGGAGUUGGUUUGGUUUCUAUCUGUAGCACUAACAUCUAAAAUUUUGUUGUCUUUGUAAUUAAACUAUUUCCAGAAAACUCUUCAUACUCAAAUAGCGUUUCGUUUUAAAUCAUGGAGGUUAAAGAAUGUAACGAUUUAGCUGAAGAAAAUCAAUUCAUUGUGGACGAUGUGAGUAAAAUUAUUAAAGAGGCUAUUGAGAAUUCAAUCGGAGGGACUGCCUAUCAGCACAAUAAAGUUAAUCAAUGGACAUCAGCUGUUGUGGAAUCUUGCUUGGGGCAAUUGACCAAGCUACAAAAGCCUUAUAAGUAUAUAGUGACAUGCACUAUCAUGCAGAAGAAUGGUGCCGGUCUACAUACGGCUUCUUCUUGUUUCUGGGACAAUAAUACUGACGGCUCAUGCACUGUGCGCUGGGAAAACAAGACUAUGUACUGCAUUGUCUCUGUGUUUGGCCUGGGAAUCUAACUCUUCUAUCAAAUGCUUACAUUCUAUUUAAAUGUUAAUUUUAUGUUCCGCAUAGUAUAGUAACAACCAGCCUUAGUAUUGCUUAGAACUAAUAAAUAAAAAUAUGUAAUAUUGAGUAAAUUGGUAGUAAGAUAAAGAAUUAUUUUGUUAGCCAAACAUUAUCUAUAAGUUAUUGUAAAUUUACUUUGAUGAAUUAGCAUUAAUUAAUAUGGCAACCAUUAUGACAGUAUAGUAGGUGAAAAAAAAUAAUAAUUUGCAUACAGUAAUAAAUCUCUAAAAACAGCACAAUCAUCUAUUAAUUUAUCUCAGUUGUAACAGACUUGUUUUAUAGUCAUUACUUAAUUUAAGUAUGUAGGAUAUAUUUUCAUACACAAUAAAGUAUCUCAAAUGAAAAUUGGUAUUUUUAUUUUAAGUUUUGUUUAUUUAUCUUAUGUGAUUCCAGUUAUUUUAAUUAACAAAUCGGUUACUGAUGUGUUCAAAAAAUUUUAAUAAAAAUUUACGUUAUUAUCCUCAAAGUUCAAUUGUGCUGUUUGAAAUAUGAUUUCGAAAAUAUUUACUAUUCCCUUGUUCUCAAGUAAUGCAAUAAAAAUAUUAAUGAUAAAUAAGAGUGAGAGUAACGAUAAUGUUAAAUGUUAAGGAUUUUUGAAAAAUUACCCAGAUCUCGUGGGGUUUGGGCUCAUACACUUAAAGUAAUCAAAACAAAUCUCAGUUUGAUCCAGUCUUUAAUUGAUUAUACCUAUUAUCUACAAAUAAGCAACCUAUUUACCCUGUCCAGUUGGUAAUAAAAAAAUAUUAUGUGGUA